AUGUGUAGUGGAUACAGCAAGCGGCACGAGGUGAAGCUUAUGGCGUCGACCAAAUCUGCUGCUACUAUGGAAGCACUCAGUGAUAUCUUCGCUGCCCAGGGACUUGCGGUUCAACUCGUCACCGACAACGGUCCGCAGUUUACCUCGUCCGUUUUCACAGGAUUCUUGAAUCGCCUUGGCAUCAAGCAUAUCCUAACGCCGCCUUAUCACCCCAAAUCUAACGGGCAAGCAGAAAAUCUUGUGCGUUCGUUUAAGCAGCUUCUUCGUCGGCAGAAGGGAGGGAGGAACCAGGCAACGGGAGUUAACCACUUCUUACUGAAGUACAGGGUAACACCGUACGCCACAACGGAACAAACGCCAUGCGAGCUGCUCAACAAAAGACACUUCCGCAAAGAACUCGACCUCCUCCGCCCAAACCAUCAAUAUACUUCAACUACAGCGAGGGAACGGCAAAAGCGUAAUUACGAUGCUCACACCAGGGACCGAAGCAUUGUAGAUCGUGACGAGGAGGAGACACGAAGGAGAAGACACGAAGCAAUCACUGGCUUCGGGCACUGUCAUCCGCUCGUUAGGGGGCCCAACCUAUCGUGUUACCACUGA